GGAGAGGGAGCCGGGUGAGCCAGCCUGGGGGUGGGGCGGGGGUGGGGGCAGUUUUGGGGGAGAUGGAUCCGUGGCUCCGGUGGGGGUUGGAGGCGCCCGGAGUCGGCGGCGGGGCGCGCAGCGCAAGAGCCUUUGAAUUUCUGGCACGGUGUAGGGAUGAUUUAGAACCAGCCAUUGAAUUUCUGCCUCACCGGUCCCUCCUCAAGCCCUCCCAGACCCCUUCUCCAAAGAAAACCUGCGCUUGUUUGUUUAAUAGGGGAACGCUGCUCUCUCUCUCGCUCGCUCUCUCUCGCUCGCACCCUCGCUCUGCGUUCUGUCCGGGAGGAGUACGGAGAAGCCAAUAGGAUGCGGGGUCUCUAAUGGAUGCAAAUGAUCAUGAAAAGACAGUGCAAAAUAUGAAACAACUCAUUUGCAGGGAAGUAAAUCACCGAAAACUGUUUAUGAACUGGCAUCCUUUCUUCGAAAUGUAAAGCGAGGACCUCUUUAAGUGGCGCCCCCAACUACAGCCGCCGCCGCCGCCGCCGCUUCAAAAUUCAAUAAAAUGAGCUCUUAUUUCGUCAACUCACUGUUCUCCAAAUACAAAACCGGGGAGUCCCUGCGCCCCAAUUAUUAUGACUGCGGCUUCGCCCAGGACCUGGGCGGCCGACCCACCGUGGUGUACGGUCCCAGCAGCGGCGGCAGCUUCCAGCACCCGUCGCAAAUCCAGGAGUUCUACCACGGGCCGUCGUCGCUGUCCACGGCUCCCUACCAGCAAAACCCGUGCGCCGUGGCGUGCCACGGGGACCCAGGCAACUUCUACGGCUACGACCCGCUGCAGCGGCAGAGCCUGUUUGGUGCGCAGGAUCCAGACCUGGUGCAGUACGCCGACUGCAAGCUCGCCGCCGCCAGCGGCCUGGGCGAGGAGGCCGAGGGGUCCGAGCAGAGCCCGUCGCCCACCCAGCUCUUCCCCUGGAUGCGCCCGCAAGCAGCCGCCGGACGCAGGCGAGGCCGACAGACCUACAGCCGCUACCAGACCCUGGAGCUGGAGAAGGAGUUCCUAUUUAAUCCCUAUCUGACUCGCAAGCGGCGGAUCGAGGUAUCGCAUGCGCUGGGACUGACAGAGAGACAGGUCAAAAUCUGGUUCCAGAACCGGAGGAUGAAGUGGAAAAAGGAAAACAACAAAGACAAGUUCCCCAGCAGCAAAUGUGAGCAGGAGGAGCUGGAGAAGCAGAAGCUGGAGAGGGCCCCAGAGGCGGCGGAGGAGGGCGACGCGCAGAAGGGCGACAAGAAGUAGGCUCCAAGUGGGACUGCCAGGGCCGCGGCGGCCCUCCGUCCGCCGGCCCCCGGGCCGCGCCGCCACCGCCACCACCGCCCGCCCCCACCCGAGAGAGCUCCGGCCCCGCGAGCGGGGCCCGGAGCCUGGCCUCCCACCGCAGCGUCCCCACCGCGCCAGUCCCCGCUAGUGGUAGUAUCUCGUAAUAGCUUCUGUGUGUGAGCUACCGUGGAUUUCCUUCCCUUCUCUCGGGGGUCGUGGGGAGAGACAAGGAUUGUAAGCAAGGACUCCCUCGCCCAGCGAGGGUGAGCGGCUGCGGCUUGGCUGAGCCCCCGCCCCCGCCCCCGCCCCCUGUAAAAAGCCUCCUUGUGCAAUGGUCUCUUUUCCUUUGAACGUGCUUCUUUGUAAUGACCGAGGUACCGAUUUUUGCUAAGUUCUCCCAACAACAUGAAACUGCCUAUUCACGCCGUAAUUCUUUCUGUCUCCCUCUCUCUCUCUCUCUCUCUCUCUCUCUCUCUCUCUCUCUCUCUCUCUUUCCCCCUCCUCAUUUUCUCCUCCCUCCCCUCUCUCCCUGUUGCCCUGCCUAGCUCGCUGGCUUUCUCUCUUGCUUCUCUCUUUUUCCUCCCCACCUUUUUGGUUUGACAGUUUUGUCUUAAGUGUUUCUCAAAAGAGGUUACUUUAGUUAGCAUGCGCGCUGUGGGCAAUUGUUAAAAGUGUUCUUAGGUUUACUGUGAAGAGAAUGUAUCCUGUAUCCGUGAAUUGCUUUAUUGGGGGGAGGGAGGGCUAAUUAUAUAUUUUGUUGUUUCUCUAUACUUUGUUCUGUUGUCUGCGCCUGAAAAGGGCGGAAGAGUUACAAUAAAGUUUACAAGCGAGAACCCGA